UUGUGCUUAUUCCUGGUGCAGGUCCGUGCUGGCUCCCGUGCUCUUUACAGACCCCUGUCUGCCUCUGUGCUGUCCAGGCCUGAGGUCAAAACAGAGGUGAAAAAAAUAUUAUUGUAGUGGGGGGCCUUAUGCUCUUCCAAAGCUUGUCAAUCCCUAUAAUAGUUAUUGAUGUUGGAGUUCUUUUCCCAUCACUAAGGAGGUGUUUGUUUUUCAGAGCAAUGUAGCCCUCAUGGCACAAAGCCCAUUCACCCAGGUAGCACUCAGAGACUUCCAGACCAGUGCUGUGAGCAGGGACAUUGAUACCGCUGCCAAAUUCAUUGGUGCUGGAGCCGCCACAGUCGGCGUGGCUGGAUCUGGUGCUGGAAUUGGAACUGUGUUCGGCAGUCUCAUCAUUGGAUAUGCCAGGUAAGUCCACUGCUACAAACCGAGGACUAGAUCUGUGCUUGUCAAUGUCAGCUUUUGGAAAAACUACGAUUCAAACAGAUUUUACAUGAACUGGUCUGAUAAUGGUUUGUCUUGUUCUGUUUGGCAGGAACCCAUCUCUGAAGCAGCAGCUGUUCUCCUAUGCUAUCCUGGGAUUCGCCCUGUCUGAAGCUAUGGGCCUAUUCUGUUUGAUGGUUGCUUUCUUAAUCUUGUUCGCUAUG